UCCAUGAGAAACUCUGCACGGUGCAUCCAGUGAAAUGGCAUCAGACAGUGAGGUAAAAACCCUGCUGAACUUCGUCAACCUGGCCUCCAGCGACAUCAAAGCGGCUCUGGAUAAAUCAGCUCCUUGUCGCCGGUCAGUUGACCACAGAAAAUACUUACAGAAGCAGCUCAAGCGGUUUUCUCAGAAGUACUCACGGAUGCCACGGUGUCACCCCAGCAAACCCCCUGAGUGUGGCUGGCGCAGGGGGGCAGAGGAUCGGGGCCGUGGCCCCCAGCUCGAGGCACCUGACCCCAGCCCCCAUGGUGGGGCUGCCACCGAGAAGGUGAUGCAGACAGCCGAGGCAGAGGAGACCCUCACUGGGGAACGGGUUUUGCAGGAGCAAAAACCUGAGGCUGUCCGGCCGGACCAGGUGCCCAUGAGGAAGCGACAGCUCCCUGCCUCCUUCUGGGAAGAGCCACGGCCAGCUCAGAACCUGACGGCCAGGGCCUUUCCUGCCAGUCCUGAGGGGCUCCCAGCCCCCAGAGACCCUCCUCCCUAUGAGGGGAAGAAAAGCAAAUGGAGCCCAGAUGCUGCUGGCCCAGAGAGCCCUCCUGACCCUGCACCACAUGCCGGGGAGAAGGACCCUGCCGGGGUCCUCUCAGGCCGGGUGGGUGCCUGGACCUGCUGCCCCUUCCCUUGCCCCGGGACAGGGGUGUACCAGCCCCCGGGAGCGCUGCCCCCAUCACCCUUCCCAGGGCUGGGACUGUGGAGGAAGAGUGCAGCCACACUGCCGGCGGAGGUGCCACACUUCUGCAAGGAGGCCGAUGGCACGGGGCAAAAACUCUACAGGCCCAUGGUUCUGAAACCCAUCCCCACCAAGCCCACCAUCCCCCCACCCAUCUUCAAUGUUUUUGGCUAUCUUUAGCGGGGUGGUGUCGGAGUCAUGCUGAACACGACAGCUCCUGAGGGUGAAUUGAAACGCCCGGUCAGCCACCAGGCAUGAGCUGCUGGCAGCGUGGAGCUGCAAGGGAAGGAGACCACUGAUCACACCCUCUUCCUCGUGGGCGGGCUGGGGGGAAUUAGUAACUGUUGGGAAGCUACUUGAGCUCCACUCUUCUCUCAGUACGUGGGUGUAAAUCGGGAAUAAACCUUACGAAGCCGGUGGCAUGGAGCAUGAGGCAAACCAGGGCUCUUUCAUGGAUGGGCAUUGUCUGAGGCGCGGUGAGCGGGGCUGCAGGCCAUUCAUAGCUGCACUUGUAACACCUAGGAGACCUCCUCCAUGUGGGAACAUCUUUCUGGGGCUGCCCUGCAGCAGCAGCAGUGAAAUGACAUGAAUUAAACCCAUUCAAAAAGUUUUUGUACUUUAAAGUAAUUCUGGAGAAGUCAAGAUAUUCAGGUCGCUUGGUUUUGCAUGCAGGAGACUGGAAGGACAGUAUUUAAUGU